ACACAAGCCUUAUCUGAAAGUGUCACAUUAUACCCGGAGCGUCACCAAUGCGCUGGCGUUUUGUUCCUGAUGCAAUAGAAAUCUGAAGAUUACACUGUCAAAUCAAACCCCACUGAAAGAAACCGAGGAGCUAUAUUUGGACAAAGCGGAGUCUAGGAGUCAGUCAAAGGAGGAGAACUGCAAAGUUAUUUAGGUACACCAGAAACAGGGGCAGCCAGCCGGGUGAUCUGAGUGUUUCCUGGCUUUGAUGCGACCCGAGUGUGCCUGGAGCAUGUCCACAGUGGGCCUGACUGCCCAGGAGACCUCUUUUCCCAUAGAAAACCCCUUCCUGAGGGGUGGCUACUGUCACAGCAUGGCUGGAUCCAAACCCUCUUGGAGCCAUCACCAUGAGCUGGACAACUUCUACUUCAGUAUGGAUACUGCACUCACAGAUCAGAGCUCUCGUGCCCAGCAAAAGGGGCCACCUCCCUCUCUCAGUUAUGAAAGACAUAAAUACAGUCCCAGCUCACAGAGACUACCCCCAAAGAAAUCCCGGCCCUCACAUCUCUCCCUCUCCUGCAGCACUGAACCAUCCACCCCAAGUCCUGCUGAUGACGACCAGGUGGUUCCCUCUUUCCAGAGGCUCUCAGUGCAUGAGUGCAGCAGUCCGCCCCAGACACCAGGCAGAUGCUCCAAGCCUCUGCCCCCCAUCCCUCCACAGAUUGAUAUCUCCCCUGAGCAAGCUAUGGAUAAUGAGGUAGAAUUUUUCACAAGUUCAGACGACAGCUGUUGCCUGGUGUCUGACCAGUGUCCCAAAUCGUCUCCUUUUCGGUAUGGAGUCCCUAGUCGAAGGAGCUUCAGAGACUGUGGACAGAUUAACUAUGCAUACUAUGAUGGUCCAUUAGGACCGCAAAGCCCAAGGCAGUCCCAACAGCAGCAUCAGGUACAUCCUCCACAGGAGGUACGUGAACAUUAUGAGCAGCACCGACAGGAGCCACCUGAGCCAGUGGCCUGUCCAAGACAGCAGGACAAAGCUCAGAGGAGGCUGCGGCGCUCGCACUCUGGCCCAGCAGGAUCCUUUAACAAGCCCUCGCUGCUGCGCCUCACAUGCACCAAACGCCACACCAACAGUAUGGAUAAGUCGGAGGUGCCACCCCCUAUCCCUCCACGAACAAUCAAGACAGGAGACUACCGCCGCUGGUCAGCAGAGGUCUCAUCAGGGGCUUACAGUGAUGAGGACAAACCACCCAAGGUACCCCCAAGGGAACCUUUGUCGAGAGGCAGCUCCCGCACCCCCAGCCCCAAGAGCCUCCCAACAUAUAUUAAUGGGGUGAUGCCCCCAACCCAAAGUUUUGCACCAGACCCUAAGUACGUAAGCUGUCGAGGUUUACAGAGACAGAACAGUGAGGGCUCUCCCUGCAUCCUUCCUGUUAUGGAGAAGGGCAAGAAGGCCAGCACCACACAUUACUAUCUCCUGCCUCAGCGACCUGCUUUUGUGGACUCACCUUGUGUCGAGAAGUUUCUUCGAGUCAUGGACAGCCCCGCAGCUCGUAAUACAGAUGUAUCUGACUCUGACUGGGACUGUCACAACAGGAGGAAAACCCAUGUGGAUUUAGUUUGAAAAGUUUUUGUGGAAGUAACAGAGGAGUUCACUGUAAAUGAGCAAAAACCACUUGAAGAAAUGGUGAAACUCAACGCUAACAACCCUCAAACUGCUGCUUUUACUCUUUAACCCCUUAUGUAUUCUGAACACACAGAGUAUGUGUGCACUGUAUUCAGUUACUGGUAAUGUUGGAAUAACUAUCGCAACCCAGAUACUUUGUGUAAAAACUGUAUCUCUUGUUGGCAAAAUUCAAGACUGUAGAGCUUAUUUUUGAUAUGAUUUUUAUUUCAUGACAUUCGAUGUUGUGCUGUUUUUGCUGACGAUGUGGUGCAGUCUGAAGGUACAAGCGGGCCUUGAACCUCGUGCUCAGUGUUCUCCGUCUGGAAGGUUGAGAAUGUUUUGUGAGAUACAUGGAUGCUGUUUUUGUGUCUCACAAGGGACAAAAGGUCAGUAAUGUUACCAUAUAUCACUUAAUAUAUGAAGUCUAAAUACAAGGCCAACUAACAUUUAACAUAAAUGAAGGAUGCUAGCACACACACACCUCCAUUCUGUUUGGUAUUAUAUAUCAACACUGAUAUGGUUUCCCUGACUUGAUGAAGUUUCAGUCUUAUUAGGCUACUUUAUCUGUCUAUUUUUUUUUUAAACAUGGCACAUUGUAAUGGUAGAUUUUCUGCUAAAAGGUUGGGUACAUUACUGGUAGCUAUGCAUGUUUCCAUUGGAAUGUAUAGUGCAGCUUUUAUGGUAUAGUUGUCUGUUGAUGUGUGUGUGUGUGUGUGUGUGCGUGCGUGUGUUUUAUGUAUAUGUGUGGAUGCGUUUGUGCAUAUGUGCAUGUGAACAGCAGUUGGGAAACUGUUCUGGUGAUAAAAUUUCUACAAUUGGUAGAAAAAUGAGAACCAUACUUGUUACUGUGCUCUGCCUUUUUGCAGCACCUACUUUUGAGUACAGCCCUCAAAAAAGUGCACACAUUGCUUUCUAUCAGUGUCCAAGUCUGUUUUGCUGCACAGAAAUUGGCCUGUUGAACAUUAUGUGAAUGUAUGCUGUUCUUACCGAGAUUCCAUCAAACAGCUGGAGAAGCUUAGCUUAUUUUUGGUCAAGCUGUGAGAUAUUGCUUGGAAGUAAUUUGCCUCAAGUACUACCUCCCUUUGAUAUGAAUCCUGUAUUUCACAUAUUCCCCAUUAAUAAAGGCAAAAUCUGAAAUUACGAUGUAGAAAAGAUGAGGUAACCAGCUCCUUAUGUGACCUGAAACCCAAGUUUUAAUUCAGCUACACUUCAGAGUAACAGAGAGUCAAUUCUAACUGAAUUUCCUUAAAUAGAGAUUUUAGAUCAUGCAGAUCUAAGAUCACUGAGAUGUUAGGCUAACCUCUUAAUACAGACGCAUUACAAAGACAGUGCAGGGUUUACCUACCUGACACAGACUUUCCUGUUCUGCUCAUGCAUUCCUGCCUUACAUGAUUGCAGUGGGUGUGGUCUGAGACUUUGGCUGCUGGCAGCCCAGAAAAUAUAUGAUUUUUUUAUUGUUGUAGAUUAUUCAAGAAGUAUCAGGAUGAUAUAGUAAAUGUAGCACAUGUAUUGAAGUAACCCUAUUAUCGGACAUGGUGUUCAGUUUGGGCAACAGACAACUGCUAAGGUCAAACAAUUUUGGAAAUAUACUUUUUCUCUCCUUUCUGCUCACAAAACCUUGCCAACACAAUGUUGCUUUUAAUUUAAUGUGUGAAAAAAUGUUUACAUCAUACUCUCAUACUAUUUAAUCUUAAGGUAUUCAUAUGUCUUAUUAGAAAUAAUAAAACUGAAUGAAGACUAGUUUAUCAAGAAAUAAUUUCUCUGCUGUGGUGAAGACAUGCACUGGGAGAGUACAGUAUGCUGUGUACAGUAUUUAACAAUUCCAUUUGUUGAAUUUAUGAAUAGUUGAUAAGUAUAUAGUCUUUGAAAAGAAAGAAAAAUAAAAUGACUUUAUUUAUGA